GCCUUCUUCCUUGAGUCUGCUUGCGCCGGCGACGGCAGCAGCAGCAGUUCCGGGCUUUCCGCUGCGCAGCUCGGAGUCCCCCCUCCCGUCUUUGAUCACCGGACGCUUACACGGAGCCCGCUGUACGGCAGAGGAAACUUCCAGCUCGGUGUGCUGUGUUCAGCUGCAUUGCAAGUGCCUGGGGGCACCCGCAGGAAGAGUCCCAUUGUGUGCCAGCUGUAGGGGGCAUCUGGACCGUCACCCCGGGCAACCGCAGCAUCAGCACCAGGGACAGCUCCCCCCAGCCUCCUCUAUACAUAUACUGGAUGGGGGUGGUGUGAUCACUCUAGGCUAUGGUGGGGGGGGGAUCAGGACUACAACUCCCAUCUGCCCAUGUCCUGUACUGCUCCUUUUAGUCACUUGUGUUCCCAUCCUGUGCUCCAGGACUAGCCCCAGUCCCUGAUCUAUGAUGUGACAUUGCCCCGGACAGGCUCUGGAUCGUCACCCAUAAGGGAUCGAGCUUUUACACAGUUGCACUAUAUUCAUUUUUUAUUUUUGUUUUAUACCAAAAGGAUUGUUUUUUUUGUUUUAUUGGCCGCGUUUCGAAUAAAUAAAAAGCAAUGACUGGGAGCCGGUGGCUGCGCUAUGUGAACUGUUUGCCUUUGCUGGUCCUAUUGCCUUGCUCGGUGGUCCGGGGCGCCUCGGAGACCACCAGCGUGGAUUAUUACAAUGCCAUUGUGAAUGUGACGGCGCAGGAGCCGGGCAACAAACCCGCCCUGGAUGGUGGUCGCUACGGGCUGGACUCCCCCGUCACCGAAGCCAAAGGGAUCAUUGUGACACCGGUCAACCUCCAAGGAGCUCCAGAUCGACAAGGUUGUGACUCUCAUAUUCGUUUUCCUGUGCCUGCUAACACCAAGCACUGGAUUGCACUUCUACAGCGUGGGAACUGUACCUUUAAAGAAAAGAUUCUUCGAGCCGCAUCCCACAAUGCUACAGCUGUGGUCAUCUACAACAACAAUUCUAAUGAAGAUACUGUGACCAUGACACAUCCAGGAACAGGAGACAUUGUUGCCAUCAUGAUCUCCGAGUCCACAGGACGGGAAAUAUUAAGUUACGUGGAAAGGAACAUCUCUGUCCUCAUGGCUAUUGCUGUUGGAUCACGUAGCCCAAACAGGAGCUUUAGUCGUGGCUCUUUGGUCUUCGUGUCUAUCUCCUUCAUCGUUUUGAUGAUCAUAUCUUCGGCUUGGUUAAUUUUUUACUUCAUACAGAAGAUCAGAUAUACAAGUGCCCGAGAUCGAAAUCAGCGACGACUUGGAGACGCAGCGAAGAAGGCCAUCGGCAAACUUACAACGAGGACGGUCAGGAAAGGAGAUAAGGAAACGGACCCGGAUUUUGACCACUGUGCCGUCUGCAUUGAGAGUUACAAGCAAAAUGAUAUUGUUCGCGUGUUGCCAUGCAAGCAUGUCUUCCACAAGGUGUGUGUGGAUCCGUGGCUCAGCGAGCACUGCACCUGCCCGAUGUGCAAGUUAAAUAUUUUAAAGGCUCUAGGAAUAGUGACUAAUGUGCCAUGCAGUGAGAAUGUAGCAUUCGAUGUUGAGCGACUCACCAGGAGUCAGCCAAGCACACGGGGAUCUGCACCAAGUGACCCAGUGGACGAAGGAUCGUUGAUUCUGGAAUCACUGCGCUCUUCGGCGAUAUCUCAGCUGCCGCAUGAAGGAGAGAUCACUCCAAGGACAGGAGAAAUCAACAUAGCUGUGACAAGUAGCCUCUUCUUUCAUCGAAAUUCGCUGUCCCCACGGAGCAUUGGAUACGAAACAGAGCUGUCCACUAUUGAACCCUCUCUUGACAUCUAUGACGAGAACAAAACCUGAGCCAUCUUCACCAGCCAUUUUAUCCGCAGCCCCUCUACCUCUUCCUGUAUUUCCUUACGCCCCAUCUAAUCUCCCCAUUGUACGUUGAAAACUCGUGCUGCCCUGUCGUGUGUCUGUGUCUGAACUGAAGAGUCGAACAAUAGAAAGCACAGUAUCCCGUCCCAUCCCGCCAAUGGAACAAGCUGCUGCAUAGUAGACUGCAAGCACUGGAGGAAGCACAAAGGAGGACAAGCUAGCCAAGUGCUGUCCACUUCUAUAUCUUCUGCUAUCAGUGUGUCAGAACUCCUAAGGCAUACCUUUUAGUGAUAUUUUUAUUACAGUAGACCAGAAACUGCUGCCAAACUUCUGAUUAAGGGCCCAUGGUUGUCUACAUGUCUCAUUACUUGCUAUCGGUGGAUUUAAAAAAAAAAAACAUUCAUACAGCAGAUGUCGUUCUAUGUCUGCCUUGAAUUUUCCUUCUUGAGGGCUAAUCCUUGUUUGCCUUUGGAGUGUUCUCGACUAAUGGCGUCUCAAAAUUUCUCCUAGUCACAGACUUGCUUCUCCAUUCAUGUCAUACAAUGGUUAUAGCUACUUCUUGGACAUGGGAACAUUGGUCUUAAUCUCUACUAUGCUUUUCUGGUUGUCAUAUUUGUGACAAACAUUGUAUGUAAGCACAAAAUUAAAAAA